AUGGCUCCAACACCAUCCUCCGAGGAGUCACCCGCGUCAACGUCUGGUCCAGGUCCAUCACAAGCGCCAGAUUCGCCACAGAGUAAAAUUAGACGAAACGUGGCUUGUAUCAAUUGUCGUGAUUCAAAAGUCCGCUGUAAGGCAAGUCCUGUGGCAGGACACCCAUGUCAACGAUGCGCCAAGCUUCAAAUAUCUUGUGUGUACGAUAGAUCACACAAGAGAGUUACGAGACGAAGUAAACUUGAACUCCUGGAACAGGAACUCAGAUCCAUCAAAGAAGCGGUUCAUCCCAAGAACAACGUAGAACCGGUAUCUGUUUCUCAAACUCAAACUACCGUGUUUCCUAUGGCAACGCCCUUGGCCAAUGACACUGUUUAUCCGCUGUCAAAUCAUCUGCAAAGUCCUCAACAGUCCGAGUCUUUUACGCCAGCGGUGCCGUUACUACAAAAGACGGAACCAACAAAAUCUCGUGUAAUAAACGGGCAAGUGGUGUCUGGCCAGGAUAUUGACUGGUAUUUUGAGAAAUACUUACAAUGUUUUCAUCCAUACCUGCCCAUCUUGAGAAAGAAAGACCCGGACCAGUGCUUCGAAGCGUCACCAACUCUAUUUUGGACAGUCAUAUUCACUGCCUGCCGUAGGUACGCAAAGAGUGGACAAAUCGUCACCUCACUACUCGAUACUCUUAAUCGCGAUGUCUGGGGUCUACUUCGAGCAGUCGCAUUAGAUAUUGAAACGAUUCAUGUCCUAUUAAUUAUUUGUAGUUGGCCAUUUCCAACCAUUAGGUUUGUCACGGAUCCUUCACCAACAUUCGUUAGUAGCGCUCUCAAUGCGUGUAUGCUCCUAGGACUACAUACUGGCCGAGGAUCCCAUCCUAGCUUUUUGAUCGGUGGUCGCCAGCACAUGACGUGUACAGACUACGAGGCGUCGAUUACUUGGAUGUUUUGUUGUAUCUUGGCGCAGAGGGCGUCUGUAGGUAACGGGCAUCCGCCACCAUACCUUCAGCACAACGAUAGUCGAUGCAAGAAUAUCGUCAAAGACACUCUCGCGCCCGAACUCAUGACUCUGUUCGAGCUCCAGAGAUUUUCAAAUCGACUACAUACAGCUAUGACAGCACAGAUAUUGUCAAAUGACGGGGUUCCUGAAACAGUCGUCAAGACGUGGGAAGAUGAGUUUGAGCUUUUGAGACCACUUGUCACUCAUGUUGAUACAGACUGCUCUCGACUUAUAAUCCUCAUCGCUCAACUCGAAGUGCAGGUCUACUAUUAUCUAUCACUUCCCGACCAACGUCCCAACUUUACCAUCAACACCCUCCGUGCUUACAACACCUCACAAAAUCUCAUAAAUACAGCCCUCACUCUCGAGUCAACAUCUAGACUCUUGACUCACAACACCCACUGGAUCUACCGCGCUGUCAUGGACGCCUGCUGUAUCCUCAUGUCCACACUACACUCCAAAGCCAGUCCACCGCAUAUCUCAGCUUCAGACGCCGAUGCAGUUGUGGCGCAGAUCCUGACCGUGCUUCGAACAUGCUCAGUGCGCGAUAAUGAUCUUCCAGUGCGUGGAUCCGUUGUCCUCGAGACUUUCUGGUCAGUGAGACACAUACUGCCCAAGUGGGAUGUACCUGUCGGUGCAUGGCCUGAUCGUAUUGGAGCUGCAACAUCGUACUGGUGUCUCGCACAAUUCAAACAGGCCUUACAAGAAGCCAAGAAUAGCACAGAUAGCGUGCAGAAAGGCAUUGACGUUUACGAAGCCAAUAUUUCGAACGCCAACAAAAGUAAUGGUGAUGGUGUCGUCACAAAUCCAGACAUCAACAAUGGCCAGGACCAGACUAUAGACAACUCCAUUGAUCCACUUCAAGGAGUCGACUGGUCCAUGAUCAUUGAUGAUUUUGGGUGGAUAGGAGAGGGCCCUGUCUUCCUAGGGCCAGCAUAA